AUGGAUACGGUGCAUCCACACGUCAAGUUCACAGCCUCACCAGCCACUGGUAGAGUUUUUGCAGCCACUGCUGCAAAGGGUGCUGGUGGAAGCAAAGAAGAGAAGGGUUUCCUUGAUUGGAUCCUUGGAGGGUUGCAGAAGGAAGACCAGCUGCUAGAGACUGAUCCUAUCCUGAAGAAGGUGGAGGAGAAGAAUGGAGGCACCACCUCCUCUGGCCGAAAGAACUCUGUGGCAGUGCCACAAAAGAAGAAAGGAGGCUUUGGAGGACUCUUUGCCAAGAACUGA